AAAAAAAGGAAAAGCUUUAUUAUUGCGUUUACGACGGUGGACCAAUUGACGAAUGCACGUACAGAAACUUACUCGCGCAACUGAAAGCGAUUGUAGGAAACGACCCCGCUACUGGACUUAGUGUGCACGGCUACAGCGAUGCGGUAUAGCCAUUUGGUAUCAUGGCGCUGUUGGAUCUUCGCCCCUUCCUCAAGAAAUACCGCGGAUGCUUCAUGGUGUACAUUGCAUUCGUGGAGCUGUUUAUUGCACUGGGUCCGCCGUACGGCUACACCAUUUUAUUCGCUCGUCUUCAGGACGAAUUUGGAGCAGGGGCUGCCCUCACAGGAUGGGUAGGGUCCCUCGCAACCACUUUAGUCUUUUGUAGCCCUGUAUCGCCCCUCCUGCUUCAGCGAUUGGGCCCCCGGGCAGUGGCUCUUCUAGGUACCGUGGUUUUCAGCGCUGGCCUGGUAGCAACCUCCUUCGUGCCCGCCCUCCCCUACGCCUUUCUCACCUUCGGUGUUUUGGUCGGUGUUGGAGGGAACUUCCUGGUGCAGUCGGUUGUCUUGGUCGUUUUCAAGUGGUUUCCUGGAAGGAAUUGCUCCCGGGCUACAUCCAUAGCGUGGCUUGGAACACCUUUCGGUACCUUGGCAUUUGCCCCACUGCUUACCAGGCUUAUUACGGCAUAUGGUUGGCGCAACUGCCUGCGAAUAGUUGCAGGGGGUAGCUUCGUAUUGAGCGUAGCACACGCAGCAUUUAUAGCGCUUCCAAAUGAAAAGACGGAAAACCGGGAAACGCCAGAGUCCAAGACCAUCGAUGAACAUGAAACGGUCGUCGACGACAACGCGCACUCAGCCGCUGCUAAGGAAUGUCAAACGGCCGAGAUCGAUGACCACGCCCCCAGGAACCUACGUCAUCAAAUCGGCAAACUUCUGCUUCAACUGGACACCUGGGCGUGGCUGUUUGGUUUUUUGAUGAGUAACAUAGGAUGGACAUUUGUCGUGAUCAAUUACGCCAGUUUUAUGGAGUACGAUCUUCACCUUACCCCGGACCAGAUCACCGUGGCGUUAGUCCUGGCGGCAGGAGGCGAGAUCGUCGGCAAGAUUCUGUUCUCCAUCUUCGGUGAUCGCUUGCCGUGCCUCAAGCUGUAUGUCGUGGCUGCGACAGGCUUUCUAGCGGCACUGAUGUCGGGCCUGAUGACUGUUUUGAAGACUCUUUCACUCGUGUACAUAAUCUCGUUCGUUGUUGGAAUGAUACGGGGUGUUUCAUACGUCUCUCCCUGCCCGGCCACAAUGGAACUUUUCGGCGACUACGGUUCGAAUGUUGUCACCGCACUAUUCAUGAUUCCAAUGGGAGCUGGAAUCUUGGUUGGUGCCCCUCUGACAGGUGGCCUCUACGACUUGAAAGGAGACUACACGCUGAGCCUGUACGUUACUGUAGGUGUGUUCGUGUGUGCUGCUCUCAGUAUGCUGUCUAUACCAAUCAGACGACGGUUGCGAUCGGGAACGAACACAUCUGAUCGCGUGUGUCGAUCAGAGACAGAGACCCAGGGUGUAUAUCGAUCAACGACAACUGCGCAAAUUUCACUCGACAAUCCCGUCUUUGAAGGGUCCAGAACUGAUGAUGACCGUGUUUUAUCAGGGAUAUGAAAAAAAACCAGGCUGCCGAUGAGACUACCUCAUUCAUUCAUUUGUUCGUUCGUUCGUUCGUUCAUUCAUUCAUUAGACACGGUCAUUAAUUUUGCCCGGGGUUUCCUCCUCAAAUUGUACAUAUCCUGAAUCACUGGCUCCGCUCCCAACGCAGCCCACCGCAGUGUUGCUGCUUUCAGUUCUUGUUCUACCUUAUGAUCAGAAGAAAAAAAUAACAAAUCUCCAGAAAGUUUAGAAUCUGUCCACGUCAGGUCGGCUGAAGUCAAUACAAAUGUAUAUCGUCUGGUUAUUUAUAUGGCCCUACAUUGGGCCGCUUAAUACCCCCUCCCGAAACGUAAUUUUGUCAUCUUUAUCGUAGUAAGAUCUGCCUAAAACUAUGAUCCCAAAACGAAGAAUAUCACACCAAAAAUUGCAGAAAAUUACAAUUGGUUUUUUUUGCGCCAUAGUCCUGUUGUACUUGGAAAUGCACUGCAGUUGAUGAAUUGACAUCGCUUCGUGAUUUAAGCUGUAUACCUGACAGAUUCGGGAAAGGAUAACUUGUUUUUGACGAACACAAAAAUGAAUAUGUCCCGGUAUUUAUAUACAAUGUAAAAGGUAAAGGUAAAGGGGAUGAACCUGUGUUCACAAGAACGGAGUGCCCAUCUCUCUUUCGAAGCGAUUGGGCCAGACUCGAUGUAAUGCUGCUGCUGUGAGGGGAUCGCCACACCUCCUCCACAGCGAGUCUGUUACCUUCCCAGCAUUGAAUAAUGCCGGUACCCAUUUAACACCUGGGU